GCCAUUUUGUCAGGAGGCUUUUUUUUCCCCCCCAGCUCAGUCUUUUUCAAAUCUUCUCCCUUCCCGCCGGAAUAAUGCUGUCAGUGGAUUUAUGUUUCGGGUUUUCGGAUAUCGAAACACGUCUACUGAAAUGGAUUAAGAAGAUCGAGAGGCCGACGUUUUAACAGAGUUGGAAAUAAUUAGGCGGCGCCGCUCUAACUCAGUUGUCCGUGUCUCUGGUCCACCGGGCCGGUUCACUGCGCAGGUUUGGACCGCGCGCCAUUUUGUGAAAAUUGACACAAAAUUCCUGACCAAAAAUUAUAAGAGGACGAGGCUUCUGUUUAGCGCUAAUGAUGUUCUGGAUAUAACCGCGUUGUCACGCUCGUCGAAGACACCAGCACAUUCACUGCAAAGGCUAAGUUAAAUCAGAAUUUGGCGAAACGUUUAUUUAGCGGCAGCUAGAGUCGUUAGCUUCAGGCUAGUCGGUGCAAGUGGCUAACGUUAGCUGCGUUCAUUUUGUCAGCUAGCGCUAGUUAGCAUGUUGCUUGUCAUCAGCUGAUAAAAACAUUUGAUAAAUUUGCAUCGAUUGUGGAUAUUGGUGUUCAAAGCUUUGGACAUGGAGCGCUUGCUGGAAAUGACUGACGAGUUCUUUUAAGAUCUUUUUGUCGGCCAGAGGACAGGGGAUUGGAUUUACUUGCUAACCCGUACAGGGAGGGGAGAAUCUCGAGCUGGAUAAGUUUCCUCAUCAUACAGUUUAUUGGACUUUAAAUGAAGAUCGUGCCAUCAGAGGAGGAGAGACUUAAGCAUGCAAACCUUCGUCCGUCCGGCUUGCGCCCUCUUUUUCUUUACACACUGCUGGUCUUCAGAUGGCUGCUCCAAUGCCCCAUACGCACCAGCAGUACAGUGACCGCCACCAGCCAAGCACUGACCAAUCUGUUACGGUCUUACCGUACAGCGACCAGACACCACAGCUCACUGCCAAUCAGAGGCACAUGCCCCAGUGCUUUCGUGACCCAACUUCAGCUCCCCUGAGGAAGCUCUCCAUUGACCUUAUCAAAACAUACAAACACAUCAAUGAGGUGUAUUAUGCAAAAAAGAAGCGGCGACACCAACAGGGUCAGGGCGAGGACUCCAGUCACAAAAAGGAGAGGAAAGUAUUUAACGAUGGCUAUGACGAUGAUAACUAUGACUACAUCGUCAAGAAUGGGGAGAAGUGGAUGGACCGUUAUGAGAUUGAUUCCUUGAUAGGAAAAGGAUCAUUCGGACAGGUUGUGAAAGCAUACGACAGAGUAGAGCAAGAAUGGGUCGCUAUUAAGAUCAUCAAGAACAAGAAGGCUUUCCUUAACCAAGCCCAAAUAGAAGUGCGACUCCUGGAGCUGAUGAACAAACAUGAUACCGAGAUGAAAUACUACAUUGUUCACCUAAAGCGACACUUCAUGUUUCGAAACCACCUCUGCCUCGUCUUCGAGAUGCUUUCAUACAACCUAUACGACCUUCUCCGAAAUACCAACUUCCGCGGAGUUUCUCUCAAUCUCACCCGGAAGUUUGCCCAGCAGCUAUGCACGGCACUACUCUUCCUGGCCACGCCUGAGCUCAGCAUUAUCCACUGUGACCUGAAGCCAGAGAACAUUCUCCUCUGUAACCCUAAGAGGAGUGCCAUCAAAAUAGUGGACUUUGGCAGCUCAUGCCAACUGGGACAAAGGAUAUACCAGUAUAUCCAGAGUCGCUUCUACCGUUCCCCAGAGGUGCUUCUGGGAAUGCCCUAUGACCUGGCAAUCGAUAUGUGGUCCUUGGGGUGUAUCUUGGUAGAAAUGCAUACUGGAGAACCUCUCUUUAGCGGAGCAAAUGAGGUUGACCAGAUGAACAAAAUAGUUGAGGUUCUUGGCAUCCCACCUAAUCACAUAAUGGACCUAGCCCCAAAAGCCAGGAAGUUCUUUGAGAAGCUUUCGGAUGGGACAUGGAGUGUUAAGAAGACCAAAGAUGGCAAAAGGUAUAAGCCUCCAGCUUCACGGAAGCUCCACUCCAUCCUCGGUGUGGAAACAGGGGGUCCAGGUGGCCGGCGGGCGGGAGAGUCUGGCCAUGCCGUUGCUGACUACUUGAAAUUCAAGGACCUGAUCCUACGAAUGUUGGAUUAUGACCCCAAGAGUCGUAUCCAACCCUACUAUGCCCUGCAGCACAGCUUCUUUAAGAAGACUGCGGAUGAGGGGACCAAUACAAGCAGCAGUGUGUCAACAAGUCCCGCGUUAGAGCAGUCCCAGUCUUCAGGAACCACCUCCAGCACCUCCUCUAGUUCAGGAGGAUCAUCUGGAACUAGUACCAGUGGCAGAGCAAGGUCAGACCCUACCCAUCACCACUUGCACAGUGGAGGACACUUUGGCACGACCAUGCCUGCCAUGGAUGGUGACAGCCUCUGUCCACAGGCAAGACAGCCUUACCCACCUCCACUGGUGUGGGGAGGCGGCGUUGGACCGGAGUCGGUCACUGGAGAAACCCACCCAGUUCAGGAGACCACCUUCCACGUUCCCCCUCAACACCCCAAGGCCCUGCAUCCCCACUCCCAUUUUCAUCAUCACCAUGGGCAGAUGAUGGCGACGCGUCCGCGCCCACGCCACUACACCUCCCCGACACAUAGCUCUUCAACGCAGGACUCCAUGGAGGUGGUUCAUGGCCAUCUGUCCAUGACCUCCCUGUCUUCCUCUGCCUCCUCUUCCUCAACAUCAUCCUCUUCCACUGGGAACCAUGGGAACCAGGCCUACCAGCUCCGCCACUUGCCCGCCGGAGCCCUGGACUUUGGUCAGAACGGUGGGCUGAGCAUGGGGCUAGGUGCCUUCUCGAACCCACGACAGGAGACUGGCAUGGCAGCGCACCCUGCAUUCUCCAUGGGCACGAACACAGGGCCUGGCCAUUACCUAGCGGAAGGCCACCUCGGCAUGAGGCAGGGCAUGGACCGGGAGGAGUCUCCAAUGACUGGAGUAUGUGUGCAGCAGAGUUCUAUGGCCAGCUCGUGACUGCACUGACAUUUGGCUGUGUGUUCCCCCUGUGCGUCAUUUUUAAGGUGGUGUUUUUUACUACAAGGUGUGUUGAGAACAAAAGCUGCUCACGUCAGAAGGGAGAUAUCACUGAACCGCUACAACAGAGAAAAAACCUUUGUUAAAAGUAUAUAUGUAAUUUUUAUCAGUUUUUUCUUUUGCAAUCAUUAGGCACAAAAUAAUACUGCGGAAUAACCAUAGUGAGAUUGAGACAUCCAUCUUACCAUUUCACCAAUUUCAUGUAACCACAAAGUAAUCACCAUAUGGUAUUAUGUGGCAAAAUCUUCUAAAUGAGCAUUUCAGGAGCAAAGAUGGAGGCUGUUUCGCAGCUAGCUGUUGGUGAGGAAAUGCUUGGCGUCUUUAGGUUCAAACUGUGGAGCGCCUGACAUUACUGUUCCACCGUCAGUAAUUAUUUUUGCCCUUUUUUUUUUUUAUUUCUUUUUUUUUUUUUGCUACUCAAAAUGAAAUUCACAUAAAAGCUGCUUGUAAAUCCUGUAGCUUGACAACGAGGGGAAUUUUUUUUGCGGUGAUAUUUCUUGUUGGUCGGUUUUGUGUGACUCUGUUAAAGGGGAGCACAUAGCGGUGGAGUCCCUACGCAUGUGCUGGCCUGGUGACAAGGAAGAUUCCCCGCGGGGUGGAACUGACACCAGCCGGGGUUAAAGGAGGAGGGAGGCACCACCUCCUCAUGCCCAGCGGCCCUGUUGCCCCGCAGGAUGCAACUGGGGGCCCAGCACAGGCGAGAGCAGCGAUGGGCACGGGAGACGGAAGGAUCCGGCCCGGUGAAAGGAAGACAGUCAGUGGCUGGUUCUAGAUAACCCUUUGGCCUUAUGACUCAUGGACUUGGAAUGAAAAUGGAGCUGGACAUUAUCAUUUGAAUUAAGAUGGCUUUCUCUAUUUUUUAUUUUUUUUCCUCUCUAGACAGCCCUUAAUUCUGUAAGGAAAUUAAACCAACUUAGAAAAGGUAAAUAAGAAUGGUAAUCUGAGGCCUUUCUCAAAGAUUUCGUCUUCAGCAGGGGCCCCACAUAACAGGGUCUUAUUGUACACAACAACCUCCUAAACAUUACUUCCUUAAAAUUCACUGGUUAAGGAUUUUGCAGUGGAAAGAACUUUCUAUUCCAGAGUCUACCUUUUUUUUUUGUUUUCUUUUGUUUUUUUUUUUUUAUGCCCCACCCUCUUUUUUGCAUGUAGUCCCUCAUCAGAAACCACCUGCACAAGUCUCUCCAUCCAAAACAUGGAAACUGAAGAAAAAAAUGAUUUAAGUGACUGCCUUUUUUUCUCCUCAAAUUAUGCUGUGAAUUUUACAAGGAUUUAUUUUCCCUUUGGAUAUGUUUUUAUACCAAAGCAGUUGUUUUAUAGCAUAUAGGUGUCUGUAACCAAUAAUGUAGCAGUUCACCACUUUGACGCAAAAGUUUAUUGAGAUCUUAUUUUAACGUCAACACAAACAGCUGCAAUAUAUUACUUUUAGCAAAACUGGAGACCAUCGUUGAGACCGUUGGCUAUUGUGUAUUCUGGCCAGAUUUGUUUGCAACCUUUACCAAAACUUGUUUUUUCCAUAAUAAUUGGUAGAUUAUUUUGGGAGUCUUUUAAAAACUUUGGUAUGUUAGAGAACUUGGUAGUUACUCUGCAGGCUACAGAGUAGCAAGAUAGAAGCUGAUGGUUUAAAAAGAAAAAAAAGGAGACUAAUGCGUUCUAUUUCUGUGUUGUUGUUUUUUUUUCUUUUACCCCUUCCCCGUCAUCAUACUAUUUCAAAGGGUGUUGCUGCCUUUCAUACAUCAUUUGGUCAACUUAGCUAGUUUCUGCCGUAUAGCAAGACUUUGUCAUUGUCUUGCCAGGGUAAGGGUAUUUGUGGUAAACCAGUUUGUGUUGAAUGGUAUAGUUCUGAUUUGGUUGGACAAAUCCCCAUGAUUGUCCUUUUCAAAGGGGG